AUGGGAAUUACCACAUGGAAUGGUAAGGUUUUACCAGGGUCAUCUAUGGGCAAAGUGGUGAUUGCAGAGGAUAAUGAGCAUGAAGAAACUUAUCUAGUGGAGUCUAAGAAUUUUGAUGAAGUUAUUGAUAAUACACCAUCCAACCAUUACCAGUUGAAAAAAAAGGGCAACGACAAAAACUUUGGCAAGUUUAUGGACAUACUUAAGCAGUUGACAAUCAACUUGCCAUUGGUGGAGGCAUUGAAGCAAAUUCCUGGGUACGCAAAGUUCAUGAAAGACCUUGUUACGAAGAAGCAGACAGUUAGUUAUGAUAUAGUGGACAACCUCUAUCAUUAUGGUGUUAUUUCCACAAGGUCGUUGGUGCAGAAGAAAGCAGACCCAGGAGUAUUUACUAUCACGUACACUAUUGGGCCUCUUGAUUUUGCAAAAGCUCUAUAUGAUUUGGCAGCCAGUAUAAACUUGAUGCCGCUUACUAUUUAUAAGAAACUGGGUUUCGGGAAUCCUACUCCUAUGAACAUGAGAUUAGUUAAGGCAAACAGAUAUGUGAAGCGGCCUGUGGGGAUUCUAUAUGAUGUAUUAGUUAAGGUGGCCAGUUUUAUAUUUCCAGCUAAUUUUGUCAUUCUCGAUUACGAGGUGGACUUUGAGGUUCCCAUAAUCUUAGGUAUAUCUUUUCUCGCAACUGGGAGUGUGCUGAUUAAUUUAAAAGAAAAUGAGCUACUAUUUAGGCUGAAUGAUGAAGUAGUUCGAUUCGAUGUGUUUCAGUCCAUGAAACAGCAUAAAGAUAUGAGCGUAUUCCCUAUUAUGGAUGUGUAUUAUGAGGAGGAGCAGGAAGUACCACUAUAA